AUGGGGCACUGGACCCUCUCCCCUCUACGUCUUUUCCUCCUUGUUCUCCUCCUCUUGCUGUCCGUUCAUGUCUCGGAGGGGAAGAGGGUGAGCGUACCAGACGAUCUCGACGACGUUGUCGACGAGGAGGAGGACGAGGCCUGGAAGGAAUGGGGGCGGAAGAAGCACACGGACGAACAGUCGCAGCCCCCGCCACCCGACCUGUCGAAGAUGGACAUCUCGGAGAUCCAGGCCGAGAUGAUGAAGCGGCACGUCGGGCCGUCGUUCGGCUUCGUCAAGCUCCGCCCCGGUGCCCCCCGCUCCCGGGUACAUUUCUCUCUGCUCUACACUCUAAACGUUCAUGCGGACCGAUCGUCCGGAAUUUAGGCAUUUCCUGCGCUAGGGUUACUAAUAGGGUUUGUGAUCUCUUCCGCCCCUUCCAUUUUCCGAGGAUUGCCGUGGAAUAUGAUGCAUUGUGAUUUUGGUCCGGUUGACGUGAUGAUUCUUCGUGUUCUUGCGGAAACCUCCUGGAUCCUGUAUUCGCGAGGGGAGCAAUAGUAAUUUCUCCCUGAGAUGCGUAAAUACUUGGUUUCUUGCUCCCAUGACAGGUAACUCGGGAGCUUCAGCAAUCCUUCGAUAGCUAAUCGGAAUAUCCUUUUCCAUUCGUGGAAAAUUCCCCGAAUCCAGACAUUUCAUCUUCUGUAAAUCGUCGUUAUAAUAAUUUAUUAGCGUAUAUUUUGACCUGUUUUAGCUUUCCUGUUCUACAUUUUUCAUUGUGCGAUUCCCUUUUUUGCUGUUGGGUUUUCAUUUAUGCGAAUAUUCUCCACUUUUUCAUAAGAACACACCCACCCUUUAAUUUACAUGAGAUACUUGAAUCUUCUGACCUCUUCAGGAAUGCGGAUCUUCGGUGCCCUUGUUUUUUAAAUGUUGUUAAGACAGUCACCAACCUGAUAUUUUUAUUUCUCCUAGAUGGGUUUUUUCUUCAUUAUUUCCAUGAUUAGCUCUGAAAUCUCCACCCGAAUGAUCUUGAUGCCCGAAAGUGUUUCAGGAUGAUGUGCCUGAGAUCGCCAUGAGAUGGACCAAGGUUCUUCGAACAGGAUCCAUUGAGGCGAAAUUCACAGCAGUGGACAUCAACACAAUCAUGUUUACCUUGGAGAAGGGGCAGGACACGCAGGAGGUAUGCCCAUGAUUUUUCGAAAGAUCACCAUAAAACGAUCAAGUUCUUAAUUAUUCCACAAUCUGCCGCUUGUCUUCGCCAUUGAUUUCUUCUUGGAAGAAUCUGACCGAGUUUCUCCUAUCUCUGCGUCAUUCUCUCUUUCCCUUCAUAUCCACAAAACAUAGAAAAGAAAUUGUAUACCAAGCUUCAGGCGAAAUAAACCUCAUUAGUAGUAUGCUAAAUUUCAUCACCUGGUACAUCGCAGAGGCCUGCUGUUCUGAGAUUGUCCCACAAUCGGAGUAACUCUGCUUGAUUCAUGGUGUUCUUGCGAAACCCAUCAUAUCUCCUUCUCUACCCGUUGCUCUGAGAUCGUCCCACAAUCGGAGUAGCUGUGCUUGACUCAUGGUGUUCAUGGGAAUGACUUGGGUUUUAGAUAUCAUCAUAUCUUCUGACGCUUUCUCAUGUCCUUCUCCACCGUGUGUACCAGUUGAAAGAUUUCAUCUUGAGCCAGCCGGAGGCUUAUGAGAUGAAGAUCGGCGAGCAGAAGUUCAGAAGGUCCGGUGACCCUCCCCUCGAAGAGGUCGUCGAGAGGGUCCGCCGAGCGGCCGGCGGAGGAGGUGUUGACCCCGACACGGCGGCGGCGGAGGAGCGUCGUUACAGUAAAGAAGAGCUGUAG